GUCGUCCCUGACUUCCUGCGACGGCCGUGGGAGGUGCUGCAGGGGGACGUUGCGUGUGCUCUCGCAGAGUCGGGUCUGGACAUCAAGUGGCGUGGUCUGCCCGUAGGCUCCUGGAAUCUUCAGGACAUCUUUCAUGCCUUAGCCCCCCACUACCAGUACGACUUUGUGUACGUUGCGGGUGAAGAACUCGCCUCGUACCUCUUCUACCUGCAGGUGCGCUUAGAGGUUGGUAAGGAGGACGAAUGGGCCCAGCUCAGCACAGCGCAGAAGAGGGAUUUCGAGGUUCAUCAAGGGCAAGACUUGCUCCGAAAGCAAGACGCUUGGGUCGACAAGCUCUGCUCGUGGCGCAUCCACUUGUACCUAGAAGGCCAGCCCCACAAUGCAUGUAGGUCCUCGGCCGAGGACCUGGAAGAGCCUGCGCUAGAGUUGUGCAAGCUGCUGUUGAGGGUGACUCCAAAUGCCUUCCGCGGCGGCGCAGAGUCCCUGUCGGCAGCCGUCGCAUUGCAAGAGAGCUCUCUCAAAAAGGAGGCCAAGCAAGAACCCGUGAUUCCGGCCCCUUUGCCGCCGCCAGAGCCGACCACUCCGCCCCGCCGCGCGAGGCCUUCUCCCAUAGCAGCUUUGGAGCCGUUAGAGGAUGGCCCUCUCACACCACCGCACCAGAAGUUCCUGAAGGUGAAGGACGAGCUGCUGGACUCAGAGGACGACGUGCUGCAGGAUAUCGCAAGACCUCGGAAGAAGCAGAAGGUGGCUGUGGUGCUGCCGGACUCAGGGGACGAGGACAUGCCAGCAGGGAAGGAGCAGAGGCUCUCCCGGGCUGCAAAGAACAAACAGCUGGCAGUUGAGGGUGGGCAGCGUGCGAAAGAAGCCGGUGUCACCUUCAAUGUGCAGUUUCAAGCCGUGCACUUGAAGAAGAAGGACCCCAUGCCGAGAGGACACUGGGGGGCAUGGUGCCAGGCAUUGAUGAAGUCUGCAGCUCUGAAGUGCGCAAGCUGCCGUGCACUGAGGGACCGGGUCUUGGAGCAGGAGACGUCCGAAGGCCACGCAGAGGCUGGUGACCGGCCUCCCCCCCCCGUGGCUGAGGUCGCCUUGGAAGUGGCCCUUGUGCGGCCAGCGCAGCAAGCAGAGGAGGCAGUGGCUUCCAAUGGCAGGGGCAGACCCAAGAUCGGAGCUGAGGUCGUCACACUGGCGACAUGGCUGGAGCUCAACCGCCCUGGCAUGUACAAGCACAAAAUGGGCACGCUUUGGAUUUGCUCAUUAUGCAAUGCAGAAGUCCAGUGCUUCCGCAAGGCAGAAAGCGGCCGACGAUACGUGAAGCGCCACGAGAAGCACGACAGCCAUCGCCACAAACUGGGUCUGGUCGAGGGUCAGACGCCAUGCCCCGGCAUUGCGUUGGGAAAGGCAGAGAGCUCUCUUGACCGACUGCGGGGUUGUUGCGAGGCAUGGCACAAGCAUGGUUGCAUCCAGACGAAGGCAGCUUCCGAGGACAAUGGCCGCAGCUGCGUCUGGACAUGGCGAAGCGAAGCACUGGUCCUCAAGCACAGAGCGUGUGUCGGGCAGUCGCGUAGCGACAAGGCCUGCGGGCCAUGUCAGCGGCUCGCAGACUCCAAGAGCUUCCAGAAGGAAGUGGCGCACUGGGGUCUUCGCAUCGAGUAUGCCACCUUCAUGCACACGCUGGUGUAUGGCACAGACGAUGAGCGCCUGAAGGCGACGGAGGCUCUGCAGACACACGAGGGCAAUCUCUUCUUCCGUGGCGAGAUCCAGAGUGCGCUGGACGUGGAGAAUCCAGGCGGGCAGGUGUGGAUGCUGAAGCGUUUACUGCAAAGCGUGCCAACGACUGCGCGAACACCGCGCCUGCAUGAGUUCAUAGAGAUGUCUGUGAGAGACGUGCACUUCCGGGAGUCCUCCAACACUGAACGUGAAGCCUUCAAGUCACUCUGCGACCGGUUUGCAACAGGGGUUCUGACCAACAAGGUGAAUCGUGAGGACUUGCAGCUAGCAGCCGCAGUAGCAGCAGGGAAGCUGUCUGGCAACCGGGUCGUGAGCUGCCUGCUACAGAGCUUUUGUUUGAAGCAAGACAAGCUUGCACGUGGUCUCGAAGAUCGUGUGAAUUCUUCGAAGCUCUGUGAUGAGGCCACAACUCAAGAAAUCUACUGGUCACUCGGAAGAAGCCAGCAAACGAACUCCCUGCUCCACUACUUCGGGGUGAACUUGCCGGACAACAAGGUCACCCUCACCAUGGCCGGCCUGCCCGAGUUCUGGCUAGCUCACACCGACGUUGAGAGAAUGCGUCGCAACUGCCGCACAGUCUUGGAGAACUUGCACAUCGGGGCUGAGAAGCCCAGGGCAUUCUUCCUUGCGAUAGACGAAACUGUCUGGAAGAGGGACUUCCAGGCGAUCAGUGGCUUGACUGCCCCUGGUGAGACAGUCAUCCUGGGUGGACAGCACAGCCGCGUCAAGGAGGAGGACUGGUCCAUCCUGAAACCUGGAGGCCACUACCCGCAGGACAAACUCUCCAGUCUGACCGUCAACGUCGUGGCUUCUCGAGUGGAGUCGGCUGCUUCGGUAUGGUGUCUCAACAGCGUGCCGAUGCCAGCCGGCCAGACCGGCAAGGGCUCUGAGUUCUUGCGCAUGCUCGGCAUCAUCGCUCAAAGCUUCGUGAUGGAGAACAGCGGCCAUGCUCCGCUAGGCUUUGCCUUCGACGGCGGCUCGGCGAACGGCAUGUUGCUGAAGGCCGCCUUGGGCAUGGCAGGAGAGGCCCUCCAAGGGGUUCCCUUCUUCGAGGACUGCGCCUACAUUCCACUCAACUUCAAGUUCAUGCCGUUUCGUCAGCUGGUGUUCCAUGACCAGGUGGUGCACGCGUCUCUGGACUGCCUACACCUUCAGAAGAGACUGGCGUUCCACGCCGGGUCUGGUCACAGGACCAUCACCAUUGGCGGCAGCGUGGUGGACUUCUCAGUGAUGCUCCAGAACAAGAUCCCGCUGAAGAGCUUCGUGCUUACUGACGAGCAAUCUGACCGUCAGGCACUGGAACGUUUAAACCCGGCAUACACCCGUCGGACAUGGAGCUCAUUUGGCGUGCAUUUCUUGCAUUUGCUGAGCGGACUGGUGUCACAGGGGUGGGAAGGCAGCAAAGGCAUCCCAGCCGAUUGCAGAGUCAAGAAUGCUGCAACGGGGUACUUUCUCCUGCUCAUCGGCCUCUCCCAGGCAAAGCUUGCGUACGGCAAAGACUGGGAAAAAUUCUGGUUGCCGCUCGCCACGACCAGAAAUUUGGCCUACAGCUGCGUUCUCGCCAUCUCACUGUGCAUCCACUCCCCAGGAGCUGACCCGUCCCGCUUCGCCGAAAAGGUCAUCGAGUCUUUCUUUGGGCGGGCCAAAGCCUCAUACAGAGGCUCUCCCUCGAUACGUGAUGGAGUCUACGGCUUCCACCGUGAGCACAUGAAAGAGCUGGGUCGUUCCUACCACGUUCCAACUUUCAAGACAUCACAGGUCACAGAGCAGGAGGCGGCCAGGCUGAUCGAGGAGGCCUGGGCGGACAGCAUCCAGCUCAUGGAAUGGGUGUCCUACAAGGAGUCGAGAGACAAGAUCGAGAAAGACUUCAAGGCGUGGUGGCGUCUGGAGGGACAUGCCCUGAUGACUAUGAAUACCUCAGCAGACGUCGCAGAUGACGAGGACUACGAGGCAAUCCAGUCUGACGCAGAGGACGAGGAGGCGAACUACGACGAGAACCCACCUGAUGCAGCUUUGACAGCUGUGACCGAAGCAGAGGACCAUGCAGCCAUGAAAUCGGAGCUGGCAGAGCUUACACAGAACCUCGUGCAGGCGCCUAAGGUCUCAACCGGUUGUGUGAGCAGCCUCAAUGAGGCCCCGUGCGUGGUGAACGAAGGCAAUGCCAGCUGGCACAGCCUGCAGCGCGGAUGCUCGGAUCUGGCUCCAUUCGACAUGUCUGCAGUGGACGCCUACACUGCAGAGAAGACCUUGGAGCGACAAUGGGCUUUGACGGGUGCCAUGAGGCAGUUUGCCGCCAGCGUGCGACAGCGAGAGGGCAUCUUGUCGAGAACAGCCACCACAGGAGCCACGCCGAAUCUCUCGUCCUGGCAUCUUUUGCAAUCUGAGCUGGCCAAAGCUCGGGCAGCCACGCUCUCCAGUGGCAACAGGCAGUCGAGAAGCUCCUCCUGGAUGAACACCUCACAAAAACUCGUGGAGGCAGCGACCAAUGCCAAGGAGAGUAAAUGGGCCAUUCGAGCACCGACGCAUUUACAUCCUGACAGCGGGUCACCACAGUCCCCACAGAUCGUCUUGUGCCUGGUGUCUGGAGAUGUAUUCGUGGGCGUGGUCACAAGCGUUUGGCGAGGGGCCGUGAUGAAGAAUGAUGGCAGCAAGCAGACUCGGCGAAACCGAGCCACACGGCCGAGUGCAGGGCCUCUCCCAAUCCCGAGUUGCUCACGAGUUCGUGUGACCAAGAUGACUUCUGCAAGCACACACAGGCUGUUUGCGUGCUCCUUGUCCGACUCCAUACUUUGCGAUCCGGUUGGAGUGAUUUUGGCCGAGCUGAGUGUCAAGAAGCUGGAGACGGAGCGGGAUAAACUCAUUGUGCACCUGAGCGAUGAAGUUCUGGCAGCCAUCGACCAGGUGAAGGCCAACCCUGAGCUGUGGGUGCCAGACAAGACUGGCACAGCAAAGCCAGUCGCCGGGGGCGACGAGGAGAUGGAGAGCGAGGGAAAGGUUUGGGUCAGCAGUAGCUUUGGAAGAACCAUUGCGGGAUCCAAGGCCAUCGAGGAGUUCAUGGAGAGAUUGCCCAGUGCCUUCAAGCAGAGAGGCCUGCCCGUCCUCAACGAUGCCAACGAGUUCAACCUGCAAGGUGAUCUUUGGUUGCUGUGGCCUGAAGUUUGCGCACGAGCACCUGAGUUCUUCGAUGUGGAGCUGAAAGAUUACGUCGGCAAGAGUUUCGGGAAAGCUGUGCUGAUGGAGCGGGCCGCUGUCUAUCCGAAAGACAGCUCGGCCAUAGGAAAGCUUAGGUCCCUGGUCCAAAGGAUCGAUGCCAAGGCUUCACCAGCGAUGCUGCUGUAG